ACCCGGAGGUGGGGGCUGGGGGAGUUAGGAAACAAAGUUGUUACCCGGGCAACACGGGACGCAGAGCUCUCCACCGUAUUUUUGGAGCCUAGAGAGCGACCCAAAAACUGACCCAGAACAUGGACUCUGAAAAUAUGGAAUCUGAAAAUGCAGAAACUGAAAACAUGGAAACUGAACACAUGGAAUCUGAAAACAUGGAAAUUGAAACUAUUUCUUCAGUUUCAACUCUGCAGGCUCUCUCAAGACUACUUUAUCCUGAAGAGGAUGACUUUGAGUUCGAACAGGCAAAUAGUUCAUCUGCUGUCGGAGCCAUGGGUCCUGGGAAUAUUGGACCACCAAAAAGAGAAGAGCUCAAAAUCAUCCCUCAAACCAGCAAUGAAAAUAGGAAGGACAUCUGGAAUCCAGAGGAGGUUCUAGAAGGAGCAGAGCACCACGACAUGUGGGAUGUCAGAGAAACACCAGAAUAUGAAAUUCUAUUCAAACAGCAGGUGGGAACUGAAGAUGUGUUCCUGGGAUUGACCAGAAAGGACGCUUCAACUGCGUGUUGUAAGGAUCUACUGGUUAAAAUUAAACUGCCAAAUACAAGCCCUUCUGAAAUUAAAAUCGAUAUUCAGGAAAUGAUCCUCGACCUCCGUACUCCUAAUAAGAAACUGUUGCUAACCCUUCCCCAUCCUGUGGAAUGCAACAGUGCCAAAGCUUGCUAUAUCCUUGAAAGUGAGACUCUCGAAGUUACCGUGACUAUGAAACGAGAGUUGGAUUUUCUUAAUUUCUUCUGAAACUGCAUGGAUAAGGAGGAAACUUGGUAAAACAGCACUGAUUAAAAAAACUAAAAACUGAAAAAAUUGCUUAAUGGUUUCAAUCUUCUCUGUAUUAUUCUGAUAUAUUUCAGAAAGGGCCUAUCAAUUCUAGUGAUAUUGUGAUCAUUUACAGUCAUUUCUUUUACUCUAGCAAGAAAUAUUGUUUUCUCAUACUAAUAAGCUAUUUCAUUUUUAUAGUGAUCGCUGGAUAGAAUUUACAGGUUAACCAAUUAGAUUACUACAUGGUCAAUUAAAUAACUGAAAUAUGACCGUGAAAUAGUUGGUCCACUUGUUUCAGUGGUCGAAAGAACUUAAGCCAAUUGAUUAUAACAUGAUACAAUCAGUUGCAUAGCAAUUGGUCAUUAUUAUCACCAGAAAAGUUUAUUCAGUUUCCUUUUUUUGUUGAUUUAAUCAAAUGAUUUUGCCUGUUCUCUGUUUAGGCUCUCACUAUUGUUAUAGAAUAUAUAAAUAACAAAGGAUUAUAAAUAGUCUGAUGCACCAUACUAACGACAUGUUUUGCUUGAAUAAGAAUACUCUUGAGCACACAGUGUUAUUUGGCUUCCUCAGUCCUGCUUUCAGUGUUUGGAUCUAUUUAGGUUAAAAAUAUUUUUCCUUUUGUGCAUUAAUAAUUAUUAACAAUGCCUUUUUGAGUACUGUGUUUAUAUUUAGUAAUUGAAUUCCUUGACAUUUAAAAAGAAUAUAAAGAAAAGUGUGGUGCAUUUACAAAUCCUGUUUUCUCUCAUUUCCUAUAUUUAUUCUUAAUUAGACACACUUAGUUUUAUGAAUUAUGCCAAUGUAUCGUGCCUCUUCUGUACUGUAUUGUGUAAGUUUAUUUUAGAAUUAUUUAUGAAUAAAUUAUAUUUAAAAACUU